GUAGAGGGCUAUAAGGAGACUUCAGGAAGAAAAAAAACAACUUAACCUAAAAAUAAAAAAAAUGAAAAAAAAAAUUGAUGAGAACAUUCCUUUUUUGUUUUAGACUUGGAUCCGUUUGGAUCAUUCAGAACAAACCAAUACUGAAAGUGAAUUGAAUUGUCGACCACAAACAAAUCGUUGCUUAAAUGAAUGAUUACACUCCUACAUAUUAUAAUGAGAUUUUUGGUUUUGUUUUGAAUGAAAUCCUUCUUACUGAAAAUCAACUGAACCAGCAGCAGAGCACAAGUCUAUCUGUUGUCUAUCAAGUUCUUUAUACAAAAUACAACAAUGAACCAAUCAAAGGAAGAAUUGUAAAAAUGCCUCUAAAUGUAGAAAACAUUCACCAGAAAAAUCGUACAUUCAUGAUUAAGAUUUAAUAACAAAAUGAAGCUGAAAAUGUCAGUGGGUUAAUUUCUUCAAAUUACUGUUUGUUCUUUCACUACUUAUUAUAUUUUCAUUGCAGGGCCACACAGACAGAUAACCACAAACACUCACUUAGAGACACCAACCAACCAACCAACGCUGUGUAGUCCUGCCUGAAGGGAAGAGGAAGAACAUGUCAGGGCUGAGUGGGGUCUUUCAGGAUGCAGGAGCCUCGAUUUUUGCAUCUGGUUUCAUAAAUGUUGGUGGUGGUCUACAGAAAGCAUCCCACAGUCCUCUGUGCGGCUCUGACUACCGUCUGCAGAGCCUUCCACAGUGACAGGUGAGGAUUGAGCUCCCCGACCCAUCGCCUGAGCCUCCUCAAAUAAAUAAGAGUGCUGAUGUGUCUUCCUGACCAUGCAGGAAGUAUUGGUGCACCAGCUGAGGUUGUUGGACAUUUGCUGCUCCAAAUCCCUGAAGAAGGAAACCAGUCUGUUCAUCGACCUUAGUGUCUUUGUGAUUUAAUUGUUUAAAAUGAACCACUUUCAGUCCAAUCUAAUCUGAUCCAAUCCUGAGUGGACAAUCACAUGACUGUCUUUGUGAUGCCAUCACUGACCACCUGAAGUCAAUGGUGACAUCAUCAGGAGUUAGGUCACAUGACUCAUCAGUGCUUUGAUGUCUGUGUGAUGUCAUCAAUGACAGCUGAUGUCAUUUGACAUCACACAACUGUCACUGACCUGUCAUUUGACAUAACCGGAGAAGUUCUUGAACUUCGUGAUAUGUACCCCAGGAUCUCAUUAGCUCCUGACCUUCGAGAGGAGCGGAUAAGUUACGGUAGCUCCAUCGUAGACUUAUUGAGACACAGGAAUACUCGUCGCUGGUUUUUCUCUACGGAAACUGAACACAUUACCUUCAACUUCAUUAUUUCUGAUAUUAAACUUGCACUUGGAUUUUUGAUAUUUUGAAGAACCAAUCCACUUUAAAAUGUCUGUCAGUGUGAGUUUUACCGAGAUGGAAGUUACAAAGAACUCGUUCAGCAACAUCAACAAGGCUCUGGAGGGAAUUCUUCAGCAAAAUGCAGCUUCAACCAAAUCUUUGGAAGAACUUUGCAAGAAUUUACCAUCCGUGCAAGCCUUGAAAAGCCAACACAAGCAGCUGAAAAACAUACAGAAAGCUGCUUCUGAGGAGAAGAACAGACAGAUGAAGCAGGUGGAACAGCUUAGAAAAGCCAUGAAAAAGCAAUUGCUGGUGGAAGAGGCGUGUGAGGAAGAAAAACAAAGAAUCCGUGAGGUUUUUGAAAGCGUCAAAACUCUCAAUGAAGAAAUGGCACCUCUGAAGUCUAAACUAAGGCCUCUCAAAGAGGUCAAAGACGAACUGUCCAACCUGAAGUCUGAAAGAACAAACUUGGAAUCCGAGAACGCGGCUCUGAUUGAGGAACUAAACAAACUCAAGAAGAAACUGGACCGCCAAGACCAGAAGGGACUGAAACACAAACGUGACUUUGACCAGGUCCAGACUCUGGAACAGGAAACUGCAGCACUUUCUCAGUCCCGUGAAGAGUUACUAAAACAACUCCAUGAAUAUGACCACGUGAAGAAAAAUCAUCCCAAAGUGGCUGAACAAAGACGGUUAGGACAGCUGAAGAAGGAACUGGAAGAUGAUAUUUCACGACUGAGACAGCAGAAAGAUGAAUCAGAAGAGAUGUUUGUUCAAUCUAA